AGUACGCCCCCGCGCCCGAGAGCGCGAGUGUCGUGAGACUCGCUCCCCAGACAGCUCUCAGUGCAGCCGCCGCGCGGACGCAGAUCCAAACAAAGCUCCCUCGUACGUACGCGUAUACGGUUCUGCUGGCGCUGUGCUAAUCGAGUGUAGGAUUUAACGAGGCUCCGCAGUAAACACGGGCUUUUAUUCAUGCCGCCGAGACUGAGAGAGCUGCAGUUAUGUCACAUACUCGCGCACAAUGCGCGAAGGGCUGCUCUGCACGCGAGAGCAGUAAAUAGCCGAGAGGAGAGGGCGUAGAUUAUUUUCCAGCAGCGGCGGCAGUGGUAUUAUAGUCGCUUCAAUGCAAAGUCGUUCGUUAUUGUGCUGCAGCCGUAGUAGCCGUCGUUCCGCCGGAAAUUGCCGUGUUUCAUUGUCGGAUAAUCCCCGGCAUCACCUACGCUCCGCAGUUGCAGUUAUUGUUGUUGUUUGUUUCUGCAUCGGCGCUACGAUCCUGUAAUUCCGCAUUUAUACAGCAGAGGUGCAGGCGGCCAGCAAAAUGUUACGGGCCGACUUUCAGUCUGCUUCUGUGAUACCUUGUUGCAGAUCCGCGCGCCAGCCGACUGGAGAAGAGCCCGAAGUGACAAUACCGAAGAUGCAGCAGCAGCAGCGAGGCAUCGGCAGUCUGCUUCGCGAUCUCUGGGCCACCAAUCCCCUGUCGCACUCGAGACGCGAGUUCGGUGGCGGCUACGCUUGAAUGAUAGCAUGAAUCUUUGAGAGACACAGAGACAGAGAGACAGUGAGAGACUAAGAGCGAGAGAUAGAGAAAGCUCGCUGUUGGUUUUGUGCGCAGUGGGAAGAGGGGGGUGGAAGUGGUGCCGGUGUGCGGGGAUAAUUGCAGGGCAAAAGGUGUGAUAUGGUCUCGGGGUGGUGUCCGUGCGUACCCCUGGGGCGCCGGGAUACGCCGCCCCCGACGCAGCAGCAACAGUCUAGUCAGCAGCAACAGCAGCAAUCUAGUCAGCAGAAGCAGAAGAAUCGGAGAAGCGCGGGACCUUUCACGGUCAGCGCCGCGACCGAGCGCGCCGAGAUGGUGCAGAUGUUCUACUACGAGAACCGCGGCAAGUGCUGCAAGAAGCUGCUCAGAUACAACGGAGUUUCUAACAAGGUCCUUCUCUUCCCGGAGGAAGGCUGGGCGAGGAGCGCGAGCAGUUCCUACUGGACGCUCACGCCGUUCUGGUGGAGCCGGAGCCGCUGCAAAGUCGUCGAGGUCGUCGCUGGAACAAGAAGGCAGAGCACACAGGCCAAGAUGGUCGACACGGGCACGGGUACCCUCUACAUCAUCGGCUCCUUCAAAAGGAUGACCACCGACGCGGACUUCAAGCUGUACCUGACGUCCAACGUCUCGUCGAGCGACUUCAACAUGGGCUACAGCAUGACCGGUACCCUGGAACGCGGCUGCAAGAAGACCAACACCUUCCAGAUGACACACUUCGCGGUGAUACGCAGACGAGACUACGAGAAGGCCUACGAGGAUCCGAACCCCACCUAGUGCCCGUCCACACCCACGCUGUCCGAGUCCGGCGACUACCAGCUCUUCGCGUAGUCUUGGAGCACAGGGGGUGCCUCGAUCGAACUUUUUUUCAUCCAUUGUAUAUGCCUCUCACGUACGUUCGUCGGAUCGAAGAAGACGUGUUGGGCUAAUAUAUAUAUAUACGUUCUGAACACCUAUGCAUCGGCUGCGCUUUUGCGACUGCGACGGUAUGCAGCAGCACAGCUGGUGCGCGAGACUUUUUUUACGUCGGAUUUUGUACACAAGAUGCUUAUAUUCCUAGGGGGUGUGCAGGCGCGAUAUAUAUUUUUCUGUCGUAAAAACGCGAGUCUUAUAUUGAAAUUUGUUCGCUGUAUACGUGAGCGUGUAUGUAUAGUAGUGCGUUAUAUAUUUACGGCGAAUUUUUUCUCUCGGUAUUUUGUCACACUCGAAAAAAGGGGAGGCACCCCGUGACAGAGCAAAACGUCCAUAAUAGGUUUAAUAUAAAUAGUGUCUCUCGCACAUUUGCGCGAGAAUAAACAAAAAAUUCACUAAGCUGCGUUGUCACGCAGGAGCUGAAGGUGUCGUGUGCCAAAAUUCAAACACGCGCGCAACGGAUUUACUUUUUUAUACGCUACGUUUGUUUUUAUUUUUCGAUACAAGCACAAAUUCAAAAUAGACUUGGGGAACUCGAUGUCCAACAGCUAUGUAUUAGCAGUAUGUAGCAGCUAACGACGGAGCUAUCAUCGGUGACAAGCGAAAGGCGUAUCGGAUCUUUACCAAAGUAUUAGCUCGUAAGUUCUUCAAGCACAACAGUCAACGUGGCUUUGCGCAUUACAGGAUUACUUUUCGACCGAGGAUAACGAGAUGCGUGUGAAUAAUCGUCUAAUGCUAUAUGGGGGAGGUCGUUACUAUUUCAAAUGAAAAACUAAUCACAAUUUACCUACGAGAUACAUACGUAUAAAUAUUAUAAAUAUUAUAUAUAAUGAUAUAAACUGUAUAGGCGUAUAAAAUAUAGAAUAUAUUUGAAAAUAUGUAAGCAUAUACACACACGCGAACCUCUUGCUCGGGAUCAUAAUAUAUACUGUACGUGAAUAGGGCAAUCUGUGUCUAUGUAUAUGGCGCGCGACACAUUUAUUUUUGCUAUCGAGUAGUAGGUACGACAACAAACGUCGACUCUGGUAUGCUGUGCGUAUAACCUGGCGCAUUUGCUUUUCAUUGCGAUCGUUGUCGAGAGAGAGAGAGAGAGAGAGAGAGAGAGAGAGAGGGGGGGGGGGGUAACGACGCUACUGAUAAUACUGCGUAUACUUGUGUACUUUUCCGCUUUUCCCCGCGCGGCUCUGUUUUCUCGGUUGUACACAUCGCGCGCGCUGACGCUUCAAAGACCGAUGGAAAAACAACGAUCACACCAUCAUUAUUUCCCGUCGUUGCAUUGCCUGCACUACUUGUAAAUACGUUUGUUUAUACGGUUAAAAAUUAAGCGCACGCAUCAGUUUCGAGGUAGAACGAAUUCAUCAACUCUUGUUUACGUUUAUUCGGGAUCGAAAAUACAUUUCAUUAUAUUCGUGGAACUGAAAAGCGCGGGUUUCACGUAUAGAACAAACACACGCGGAGAUCGACUGUUUCGAAACACAAACUUUCGCUGUAACGUUUAUAUACUUUCGCGUGAGAGGAAAUCACGGCAAUCAUCGUUGAAUCAAAGUCGGCUGGUUGUGACUGCAAGAGAGAACAUUAUGACCUAAUCAAACGACAUUGAAAUAUGCAGGUAACGAUAAGCAAAAGAAAAAAGUCUGUCUCGGUAUUUCACCGAGCGAUGUAUCGGAAAAAUCAUAAAAGUCUCGCGCUGCUUUUUCUCCGCUUCGCGACACAUCGACGCUGUUCUAUCCGUAGUUGUUAGUGCGAAAGAUUAAAAUAAAGAUACAUGGAUCCUUCCCUGUGUAAGAGGCGUCGUAUAGUCCUAUAUAGAGAAAAAAAGUAUGUAUCGCGCGCGAAAAUAAAUAAACGGAUAAUAAAUAUAACGAUAAGUAACAAAAGGUUUAUCAAUAUAUAUAUGGGUAUAGACGAAAGCAUUACAUCUAUAUAUUAUAUAUAGGGUUUAAGGAAAGUUGGACUCGAUCUAUUUUUUGUGCGAGUGGGCUGGCACGAUAACAGGGUUAAAACAAGGAGAGAAAUGGCGCAUAAAUUCUUCGCUCCGAGAAUCAACGAGCUGUGUCCGGUGCUCUUCUUCGGAAUAAUCUCGACUCGGCUCUGUCGCUGAUUGUCGGAUUAGAAAGAAUCGGCAUACGUCUAUAUAUGUAGAAAAGCAAAUUGUUCUAUCCCUUAACACGGAGAAAGAGAGCUUACAUAGUGUCGAUGUUAUAGACGCAGUAUAGUAGAAGGCGCUUCUAGUCCAGGAAAUUUCCAUCCCUCGUCGUUACAUACUAGCCUAGCGAUAUAGUUGACAUAUUAUUGAGUAUCAAGACUCUAGUGCGUAGUGUUAGCAGCAGCUGUACCGCUCGAUGUGCCAAAAUCAGUGAAAUCCAGCAAAGCUUGGCGAUCAAAAUUUAUAACCAAUCGAUCCACGCGUUUCUCGUAUAUUAUAAACGAUAGCUCUCGCGCUUUCAUUUCCGAAGCUUCGCAGCCUAUGUAGCUUAGCAGCUUUGUGUAGAAUGAGUGCGAGAAAACUUUUCUCGCCUCCAGCCGGAAAGUCUAGCGCUUCUUAACUAAAUAAUCCUCAGCUUUAGCGCAUAGCAUUAGAGAGAGAGAGAGAGAGAGAGAGAGAGAGAGAGAGAGAGAGAGAGAGAGAGAGAGAGAGAGAGAGAGUAGUCUCUCACUCUCUAGUAGCGUGUCUCUGUGUCCUCACUUUUCGACUCGUAGCUUAGCUAUCUCGACCUAGGAUGAUUUAAGUCAAAGUAACGUCCGAUAUCACGGUCCCUCCUAACUACUUAGCCGUAGCUUAGACCCAUGAACGAUGCACGCUUUCUUCGAGUUUCUCAAAGGUAGAACCGGGCAAAACAAACAACGUCACUAUCUUCGUCGGCUGCACGCGGGUCUCUAGUCACUUUUUCGUAUACGUAUAAUACAUAACUAUACUCUGUAGCGAACAAAACGCGCUCCGUCGAAGGCACACCCUUGCACGCACACGCUGUCAGCGAAAGCUCUGACCCUGAGAGGGGGACAAACAAGCGGCCAUAAAUUUUUCCAGCUGACCCGCGCGCCAAGCGGCAAAACAAUCUAUGUAAUAUCGAGAGAGAGAGAGAGAGAGAGAGAGAGAGAGAGAGAGAGGGGGAGAGAGAGAGAAAAUAAUAAAGAUAUCUCUACCGUGGAUAAUACAUACGCAGACGAGGAGGAGUCGGACAGCAGACAACGUCCUCGCGGCUCUCCCCCGCGCUAUACACCCUCAUCAGAGCGGGCGCUUUUACAGCGGAUCUUGAUCGAUCACUCGUUCUUCUUCCUUUUUAUUUCUCUUUUCUCCUCGAUUCCGCGCCCCCGCGCGGACCUCUCGACUUUUUACCAUCGGCUCGUGCGUGUGGGUGUGUGACUUCUCGACGGCGCGUAUAUAGAUCGUAGAUCGUAUAUAGUAGUAUACAGCGUAGAAUCGAUGUUGUCGUCGUUCGUCCUCGAGCCACAGAACUUUUCUCCUACUCGGCUUUUCUCUCCUCUGUCUCGAAUAAUGAUCGAAGAAAACAUCUCUGCCCCUCGCCGCUGCCGCGGUAUUAUCGAUUAUGCAAACAGUUCGCGGCGCGGCGAUCGGAAUUACGCAUUCAGAUUCAUUCAAAUUUAUCUCCGUCCGCGCGAAUCAAAAGCCAUUGAGUUGUCUGCAGUCGUAUUCUCUCCCCUUUUGUUUAAUGGAUUUCAAGUUCGGCUCUCUGUGUACGACUGGGUUUUUUUCUUCGUUGUAUAAAUAUUCUGGGCUCGAGGACGAUUUUCGGCGCGAGAGAGGAACGAGGGCUGCACUUUUCCAAUGGAGAGCGAUCGUCGGUUCUCUCUCCGCCGAGAAGCUCUGUAACAGUGUCAAAAAAUCGGUGUUUAUAGCUGACAGGUCAGAAAAAUCGUAGGGUAUAAAUAGAUGACUAAAAUUAGGGUUUAUUGAAUCGGUGAUGGCGAAAACGGCGAACAGCCGAGUCUUAUCAUUAGUCGUGUACCGCUACGUAUAUAAUAUAUAUCAACGUUAUAUAAUUGUGAACAGGUCUUAAAAAAAUACGAACGGGAAUUUCGUAUUCAAAGCUAUGGCUGUGAUCCUUACUAAUCAGUACGGUUCGUAUUGUAUUCGAAACACACUACGCGUAUCUCAUAGGUAUAUUCACGAUUCCAUAAUUUAUAUACGCUAUACAUAGGCUUAUACAUAAAUAACGUAUUAAGCGCCGCCUGCGAGCGAUAAGCUGUAUUAGUAAUGAAGCGUAUGUUGGCGUGUGCCUCGUAAUCCCGGAAGAGAGAUGUGGCUUCCUUUUUCUGAUACUUUCAUUUCCUCCACACACACACACACACACACCGAUCGAUGAUCAGUCACAGCGAGGGAAACUCCGCGAAGCCUUUUUUAUUUUUUAUUUUACCAACAACAUAGCAGCGUUGCGAAUACGCAUUAUUUCAAGAUAACGAACGUCACCGACGCCCCAUGAAAAUGCGUUGCACACACGUGUAUCGCUGCAGCGAGGCGAACGAUGUAUUGUAAGAGUUUUAAAGGGCGACCCUUGUUUUCGCGGGUCUUUUUCCUUUUUUCAGCGACCGCAUUGGUAUUGCGCCCUGCGUCCCUGAUAUUCUCGUGCCAAAUAUUUCAAGAUGUGUAGUUUACCUGUGUAUAUGCAUGUGCGGAGUGAGAAAAAAGCUUCUUUCGCGAAGAGACGAGAGUUCACUUUCUUGUACGCUGAUCAUUUUCGAAUAGUUCCAAAGAUUUCACCGAAGACAAACUCGCAGCACGGAUUUUUGCGUUGUCGUUUGACUAAAAGGAUGUACAUUCGCAAUUGUGAUAGAGGCGACUUUUUCGUUUUUGUUUUCUCUUUUUUUUCGGUAUCAAUUUGUGAUAGCGAGUAAGGAAUGAUGCGAGAAUUAUAUGUAUAUCGCUCGUGUGUUAUAUACUUUCAAUCAAAAUUGUAAAUAAUCGUUAUAAGCACGUACGAACGCUUCGCCAUGCGUAAAUAGAAUAAUAACGAAAGAAUCAAGCGUGCGUCUCGAUAAAGAUAGAGACGAUAAAAGCUUCGUAUCACAUAGAACAACAAAAAGAAAACGAAAUAUGUAUAUGUAUGAUAAUAGAUGCGAUAAAGCGCGCAGGAUGUCCGAAAGUAUGAAAAAAAAACGGGGGCAAGUGAAAAGAACAAAGGAUCGCGGUAUUCUCUCAAACGAACAUACGUCUCUCUACUUCCUAAGUGUUUCCCCUCGUUUCCACGAGGGCUAAUUUCCAUUGCAUGUCUUCGGCUCGACUUUUAUACGAGUCAGCGCCGACAUGUCGCCGGCCGUCAUCGAUCACACUCUGAUUCUUUUGAUUCCUUUUUUCUCUCUGCCUUGCCCCUGCGUGUUCGAGGGAGAAAAGCACUAAAAUUUUCGGACGCCCUCGCGAGACGAGGAGGAAGUGCAGAGGCGGUGAUGUGUACGUGACGGCCGAGAAAAAUGAGCGCAGAGAGAGUAUAAUACAAGGUGUACCUAUAAUAUAAGAAAACGAGAGAAAGAGAGAAAGAGAGAGCGUCUGCGCGAAAGGAAGGAGGAUAGAGGCGAGAGAGAAGGCUUUGAUGUAUUUUCACUACACAGUCCUGUCAAUACAGUCAAUUCAUUUUUGUAUUUAAACUUAUUAAUCCGUGUAUAUCUAUUGUCAGAAAUCAUGCCAAAAAUAAAUGUUACAUUUACGCAGUGGCA